AUGUCUUCAGGGCCUUCGUCAUGCCCGUGGAUGCAGCGCUUCAGACCCGCUUCCAUGCUGAUGUCUAACGCCCGGGUGUCUUUCUUUGGGGAGGGCCUGAACCCUGCUCGCCAGGGAAGCCUUGUCAUAUGUCCACCCUGUGAAGACAUCGCUGGGGUUGACGCGCGCCUACGGGUAUUCCUGGGUGUCAUUGCUCAAGCAGCACUUCUAUCCAUCCAAGCUGUACUCGUUGUCGGAGUAGCUAAUUCGCCGCUGUCGCCCCCCGCUCACGCAUCAGCGAUCCAGUCAGGGUACGACAAGGUUCAAUCUCCCGGUGGACAAAUCCGUACUGUCUCGGGGACCUACCAAAUCACGAACGUGUACACCGGCCAGGCGCUGACUAUCGGCGCCAACGCCGACGAGCGGUCGGAGCUCAUUCUCAGCAGCCCCAUUACCACACCGUGGUGUGAAUUCCGCGUGGAGGGCAGGACCUUGCGCAGGCCCGCGCCCGCCGGCGACUGCUUCAUCGUGACGCUGGCAGCCGCGCACAACGACAAGUGCUACGCGCGUAUCACACAGGGCGUCGGCGUCCCGGUGGCCUCCGUGUCGGCCCCUUACCAAUUCUGCCUGGUCCCGACUUCGACGCCGACGCAGUAUUAUCGCAUCUCCGACCGUCCCGAACAGACGUACGUCGCAGUCAGGAAAAGCAGCGGCGGCGGGUUAAAGCUGACGGUCACGUCCAAGCGCGAGAGCGGGGAGCCCACGCAGUACUGGAGAUUUGACUACCAGUCUCCUCUGCCGCCGAAGGACGACGGGAAGACGGGCGGAGGGCAGACCCAGAACAACGGCAAGACGGGCGGCGGGCAGAACACGAACGACCAUACAGCAAAAGGAGAAGGAAAAAAGGCCCACUUCGGACCCAACAUCGAUGGCGCUCCCCCCGGCGCACUCCCACCCGCCCCAAAGCCGAAGCCGACGCCCAAGAAAAAUCCCGGGGCGGGGGGCAAAAAGCCCGAGACACGGAGGAGGAGCACGUCGUGGCGUACGAUCGGACCAGACGGGAAGGGUGUGAAGUAUUAA